AUGAUAGAGUUUAAUGAUCUUCCAAUUGAAAUUAUACUACGAGUGUUUGAGUUUGUAUCUCCUAAUAUAGUUUAUGAAAAAUUCAUCUAUAAUCACUCGUGGUUAUCACUAAAUCUGAUUCAAUCCCUUGCUCUUCAAUAUAUCUUUAGCAAAAGAGUUAUAAUAGCUAGUAAGCAACCAAGGCUUAUAGGGUAUGAUCCAGCUAAGAUACUUUAUUCAGUCAGGCAAUUGGAAGAUUCAUUUAUAAUAACUGGGUUUGAAAAUGGAAUUGAUAUUUUUAGACAGUUAAUGGCAUUGAAUUUUCAAAUGAAUACUUCACUUAUACCUCGAGAGUUAGGUAUAUUGUUCUCAUAUCUUUACAAAAAUGAAGGUGAAUCACUUGUUAAGUUUCUUGAAAUCCUUGCUUUUGAUAAGUAUUGUAAUGAAUUGUCUAGAAAAAUAACAUUACAAUUGAUGUACAAUGGAGAUCAAUUCAUUUCAAAAAAUGCAAGAAUAAUUCAACUAGUAGAAGUGCUAGGUGAUAAAGUAGAACGAAUUUUCAUUCAGAGUAAUCAAACACAAACAGUGCAAAGACAGAACUGGCGACUAUGGGAUAUUGCGUCCUCCGAUAUGCUUACAGAUUUAUAUUUACGAAGAAAUGGUCUUACUGAUGUGGAUGCCAGACACUUAUUUCGAUUGUUGCCUUUGACAUUGAAGAAGUUAGACUUAACAGCUAACGAUUUGACAUCACUAGUUGAUCUAGUAUUGCCUCCCACUUUAGAAACGCUCAUGAUCAGAGCAAAUAAGUUGCAUAGUUUACAGGGUCCAAAUUAUGCCUUUGGCUCACUGUUACAUACUUUGGAUGCAUCUAUAAAUUCUAUUAGUGAAUUGGAAAACUUAUUUCAGUUUUCAUCUACUAUAGCUAGUUUGAAAGUCACGUAUAAUGCUAUUCUGACUGUGCAGCAGCUGCAUAUACCUCCAAAUGUUGAGAUUUUGGCAUUGUCAAAUAACGUGAUUCAAGAAUUAAAUGUGAUACUACCACAAACUAUACAACAACUAUAUAUAGAUAACAACUCAUUGAAAUCAUUACCGAUUGAUUUCUUUUCCAAUUGUACAAAGUUAGAAAUUCUUGACAUAUCAAACAACAACAUAGAUGAUCUUGAUGAAUUAGGUGAUUUGCCAUUAUCAUUACGAGAAUUAAUGUUGGAUAAUAAUGAAAUUGAUUACUUUGAAAUCACCAAUGCAUUCACAACCAAUUUAACCAAGUUAUCCAUGAGUUCCACAGGAUUAGUGGCGUUAAUAGAUAUCAAUAUGCCGUCAAAAUUAAAACAGUUGAACUUAUCUCGGAAUGAGAUAAGUGAGAUUAAGAAUGUUAAUUUUGGAUCAAAAUUGAUCGAUUUAGACCUAAGUAGGAAUAAGUUGACCACAUUUUCAGGUGAUUCAUUUCCUUAUACUUUAACAAAGCUUGAUAUUAGUGACAAUCCGUUUAAAAGUAUUGAUGCAAUCUCCUUACCAGAGACAUUAACCUAUUUAUGUUUGAAUGGUGUAGCGUUAGGGACAAUAAAUAAUGACUUGAUAAACAAAUUACCAAGAUCUUUACAUCAUCUUGAAUUGAAUUCCACAUGUUGGUCAAACAGUCAACCAUUUCAAAAUCCAACAGACCUAGAAACAUCCUUACAAGUUAAUUUUGAUCAAUAUUUACCCAAUCUUAAAAUUUUAUUCCUUGAAAGAAAUAACAUCAUUCUGGUUGAUGAUGUAACUUAUCCACUCCAUCUUCAAACAUUAUCAUAUGAAGGGAAUAAACUAGCUCAAUUUCCGUUUAAUACUUUACCUUCAGCAGUCUACGACUUACGACUUAAAAAGAAAUAA